ACCGCGCGGCUCUGCUGGGGUCGCGGUGAGCGGGGCUUGGAGCGCGGAGCUCCGCGCUGAGAGCGACAACGAUUCACCGCCCCUCGCUCUCAAACUCCUCAACAGCUCGGCUCACUCACUCACUAACUCACUCCCUCACUCACUACUCACUCACUAACUCACUUACUCACUCGUCCAGCGCACGAGAGAGGAGGCAGCGGUGGUAAAGGGGGGGAGAGCGGGCGGGCCGGCGGAGUUGCCUUCCUCGUGGUCCACCAUGGGGGAGACGAAGAUCAUCUACCACAUCGACGAGGAGGAGACGCCGUACCUGGUGAAGGUGGCGGUGCCCGCCGAGCUCGUGACGCUCGCCGACUUCAAGGCGGUGCUCAACAAGCCGCACUGCAAGUUCUACUUCAAGUCGAUGGACGCCGACUUCGGGGUGGUGAAAGAGGAGAUAUCUGACGACGCGGCGCGCCUGCCCUGCUUCAACGGCCGCGUGGUGUCCUGGCUGGUGGCCGCCGACCCCUCGGAGACCGGCUCGCAGUGCUCGGAGCCCAAGGCGGAGCUGCCCCCGCCGCUGGAGCGGACAGGCGGUAUAGGAGACUCGCGGCCGCCCUCCUUCCACCCCAACCCCGCCGGCAGCCAGGAAAGCCUGGACCAGGCCACAGACACGGAGUCGGUGCUGUCGGCACGGAGCGAGAGACGGUCGCGGAGAGACCGGGAUCCUCGGCAUGAGCACACAGGACCGAGGCCAAAUGGGCUGGUGAAGCCCGUGCCAGGCCGGCCGCUGCACGCGCCGCAGCACCCUCACCACGCCCCCCCUCACCAUGCAGUGGCGGCUCCCCACCACCACCACCACCACGCGGCGCCAGCGGCGCCUCACCAGCACGCGUACGACGCGUCGAGCGUGGUGAGCAGCGAGCUGGAGGAGACGAGCGCUUUCGACUCGGAGGAGGACGAGGACGACGACAACGCCAGCCGGUUCAGCACGUCCACCGAGCAGACGGGCUCCUCGCGGCUUCUCAAGCGCCACCGCCGCCGGCGGAGGAAGCACCGCAUGCAGGAGAUGGAUCGGGCUUCUUCGUUCAGCAGCAUCACGGACUCCACCAUGUCGCUCAACAUCAUCACCGUGACGCUCAACAUGGAGAAGUACAACUUCCUGGGCAUCAGCAUCGUGGGGCAGAGCAACGAGCGUGGAGACGGCGGAAUCUACAUCGGCUCCAUCAUGAAAGGCGGCGCUGUUGCAGCCGACGGGCGCAUUGAGCCCGGCGACAUGCUGCUGCAGGUUAACGAGGUGAGCUUUGAAAACCUGAGCAAUGACGACGCGGUCCGUGUGCUUCGGGAAGUGGUGCACAAGCCCGGGCCCAUCAGCCUCACCGUGGCCAAGUGCUGGGACCCAACUCCCCGCAGCUACUUCACCAUCCCACGCAACGAGCCGGUGCGUCCCAUCGACCCGGCCGUGUGGGUGUCCCAGGCGGCGGCCAUGACGGGCACGUUCCCCCGCUACCCGCCCAGCCACUCGAUGAGCACCGUGACCUCCGGCAGCUCCUCGCUCACCUCCUCUGUGCCUGAGUCCGAGCGUGAGUCCCCAAGAGGCUAUGACGAGUACCAGCUGAGCGUGCACACGGACAUGGUGACCAUCACCAAAGCCAUGUCGGCGCCCGAGUCCGGCCUGGAGGUGCGCGACCGCAUGUGGCUCAAGAUCAAAAUCCAGAACGCCUUCAUCGGCUCUGAUGUGGUGGACUGGCUCUUCAGCCACGUGGAGGGCUUUGCCGAUCGGCGCGACGCCAGGAAGUUUGCCUCUCGCAUGCUGCAGGCUGGCCUCAUCCGGCACACGGUCAACAAGAUCACUUUCUCGGAGCAGUGCUACUACAUCUUUGGAGACCUCACCGCAGACCUCAGCAAGCUGACCCUGCAGGAGCCCGACUGCGCCAGCAUCUCGUCGGACCAGGACACGCUGGCGCCGCUCCCGCUGGCGGCGGGCGGUCCCUGGGCCACGCUGAGCCACCCUUACGGCGCCGCGUUCCACCACUACCCGGCCCCGGCCGUGCCCGCCCACCCGCACGCCUACUCUCCCUACCCGCCCGGCUACCACGAGGUCACCGGAUACGCCUACGCCGUGGCCACCGCGCCCAGCCAGCACAGCGAGGGAAGCCACAGCAGCGGCUCAAACCGCAGCGGGGGCAAGGAGCGUGACCACCGCCGCAUCGGCGGCAGCGGUUCCGCCGGCGGCGCGAACGAGGGCCGCUCGAGCGCCGGCAGCGGCAGCGAGUCGGACCGCGCGUCCACGCGCAGCGGCGUGUCCAGCGCCGGCACGGCGCAGCGGCGCGAGCGCGCCGACAGCGUCCGCUCCUUCCCCGGCAGCGAGGCGCACUCGGCGCACUCGGCGCGCCGCAGCUCCGCCGGGUCGUCUGCCGCCGGCUCCUCGCACCACCAGCACCACCACCACCACCCGCUGGCGCCCCCCCCGCCCCCGCCGCCCCCGCCGCCCCCCCCGUUCUACCACCACGCGUACGGCCCGCCGGGCAUCCCUCCGCCCUACGCGGUGCCGCCCGGGAUGAUCGCCGUGCCGGGCCCCGUUCACGUGCACCAGCUGCACCAGCAGCACCAGCAGCAGCCGCAGAUGAUGCCCGGCGGUGUGGGCGGGGGCUCGGGGCCCCCCUCCGCGAUCGGAGGGGGCGGCCCCCCCCCGCCAGGCGCCCCCCCCGUACGGGACUUGGGGUCGGUGCCGCCCGAGUUGAUGGGCAGCCGCCAGUCGUUCCACAUGGCCAUGGGAAACCCGUGCGAGUUCUUCGUCGACGUCAUGUGACGGCGGCGGCGUCGCGCGCCCGCUGCGGUCAGAGGUCAAAGUAGAGUUUGCGUGCGAGGUGGGGGGGAUUUGGGAGGUCGGGGGGGGGGAUGACGAUCUGGUGACCGGGUUACGGUGUCAUCAACGGAGCCUCGGGGUUCAACGUGUGGCUGCGACGGGGCAGCGCUGCCUUGUCGUGAGAGUUUUUUAAUCACCAGCAGUCGUAGAUGUUUCUCUCGCUCAGUGCGCUGAGGAUGGUGCCAUCGUCCAUGGCUGGCCUAUCGAAGUGCCUUAAGGUGUCAAAGAAUGCUUCCUGUUGGAAGCGUGGUGGUGAAUCGUCGCUUACAGAACAAAGCAAAGCAAUAGAGACGCGCAGCGGAAGCCCCGUUCUGACCUGGGCUGCGUUCGCUGUGGCUGGUCGAGUGGCGUGGCUGGAGUGGUGGUGGUGUUGUUGGUGUUGGUGGUGUGGUGGAAAUCCUCCAGUCGUCGUAACCUCGACCCUGUCCACUAAGCCCAGGUCGCCAUUCCCCAAGGCGUUGAUGGAGAUUAAUGCGGCGUGAAAUUCUGCUGCCUCUAAGGGAUAUUUCCCUCACCCCCUUCACCAUAUCCAUAACGCCUUUAGCAUUACUCCAAUGCCCGAACCCUCGCCAGUAAGCCACGAAACGAUACGCCCCUCGUGAUCCGUCGAAUUAAACUCGCGCCAUCGUUACACGCGUAGAAGCGUGCCUGUAGGAAUAGGUCAUUCGCCAUUUCUGCAAAAUAUAAGUAAAGGCUAACUUGGAACUAAAGAAAUGCUGCACACUGGGGAGACGCUUCAAACACGGGACAGACGACACUCGGGAGAGGACACGGGGCUUGCGGCAUGGCCGGCCCGCCCCCGGCGAGCGCUCCUCUCGCUGGUUGUUGUUGGGAUGCCGCAAGAGGCUCGCAUCGUCAGCGGCGUCGCCGCUCGCUCGGGAGUGGUCGCGGUGCGAAGCUCUCCGCGUGCGCUUGGGGUAAACGGCUGCCGACCACCGACCGCUACCACCGGGGCGCGAGCCGCCGUGUGAAGCGCGUUACCGUGCGGUUCGCUCGCCGGGGAGGAACCCACGCGUUCUCAUCUCGAUGCUUGUACUCGCCGCACGCGGGCGCGAGGCUCGAGCGGCCGUCAAGGAGGCUUGCGCGGCUGGCGGCGGUGGCGGCGUCGACAAGUUACAGAACGCAAAUUUCAAUCCGGGUCGAGUUUGGCUCUCGCGGGAACGCCGUUGCGAGGGGGGGGGGGGGGGCGAACGGUUGAGGCUCCGCUCAAGGCUCAAGGGUGGCCACUGCCGUGCCCAGUUUAAAGCGUCUCCAGACGAUUAGCACGGUUGGCUACGUACGGUGCGAAAUAAGUUACGCGUGCGUGCGUGCAACCACGUUCCUGCCCGCGCGUGGAGAAAAAAUGAAAAUAGGUGACAACCGAACGUCGUAGCCCAAUGGAGGAGGGCGACGGCCCCCAUCGCUUGAAGGCCUUGGGCAGGUGGCGCUUCGCUCAGACAAUCCACUCCGCUGCCUUCACUGCCUGACGAAUGCUCAUUUUGCUAGGAACUCUGGGGGGGAGGGGGGCAGUUGAGGGUGGGGGGUAGCGGGUGGCGGGGAGAUGAACAGAAGCGAGAGGGACUGAGGAUCUGCGGUGUAAACCCGAGGAGGCCCCACUCGAGUGGCUCGUCGAGAUCUUAACAAUGGCGACGUCGUCAAGGUGCUGUUAGAAGCAGGGGGGGGUCUCUGCUCCGAUGUUCCCUUUGGGGCUCGCCGACGACGGCACGGCCCCCUGGCGCAAGUGCAGCUAAAAUUAUGCAGCUAUCGAAGUCGAGCAAGAGAGUGGCACGUUUGUGAGUGUUUGUGUGCAUUUGUGGCACAUCCAUUGUCGUAAGGAGUUUAUAGAUGCGUUGUCUUCUCACACUGCAAUUAACUUGUUGUGAGCCCCCCCCCCCCCAUCCCUGGCCCUGCUUGGCCCCCGAACCAGCAUAUCAUGUAUUAAUUCUAGAUUUGAAGCUUUCGUGACUGCAAGGAUUCAUACUCUUAGUUCUUUCGGUAAAGUCACGUAGAUAAAAAAUGAAAUUCAAAUUAAUAAAAAUAAAACCAUAAAAUCAUGACGUUUCGGAGGCAACACAAGUCUCCGUCAUCAGGUGGGACCGUCACAGCCAGAUUUGCUGCAUCAAGUGAGGCAAGGAUUCAAGAUGCAAGCCCUUAAAAAAAUAUCAAGCAUAUCAUGGUUCGAUUCCUGUUUGGCAUUGUCGGUGGAAAAAAAGAGAAGAGUUGAUUUAACUCUGGAAAUCCUGACAGAGUCUUGAGACAUUUCUAAGAGUGCCCUUGCAACCUUGAGAUGGUUUAAGACCAUUCACCAACGAGUGGUUUCAUGUGAGAGGACAGACUGGGAGUGCCCCCCGGAGAAAAAGACCCCAAACACUUCCAUGGGUGCUGACCUCCACGGUCCGAUGGCUCUCCUCCCCGUCCGUGGUUUUGUAGCGAAUAUUUAGGUUCACCCGGAGAAGCUCAAGUACACGAAACGUCGGUGCACCGCAACCCAACACACAUCGGAGAGCUGCACAGGACCUCCGACAAAUGGUAGUUUGGAAUUUACCGCUGCAAGGGGGAGUUGGUGACAUCGCAAUUCACCUUUUUUAAUGACUGGGAUAUUUCCUCUACAAGAGCGUAAACGGUCUAUUACUGGCACCACUGCUGGCCUUAAUAGGUGCUCGCUAACAUAAAUGACCUGCAAAGGGUCGAGCUGAUUUACUUUAUUAUAUUUUUUAAUCUGUUAAUGACCGGUUGGAAACGUCUCGGGCGCCGUCUCGUGAACACUAAAUGUCUCUCUCCGCUCCGCGGUGUUCGGCCGUCGUUCAUGACUUCCCCUCGUUAUCGUUUUUGUAUUUUGUUUUGUUGGUACAUGCGUAACAAACUUUUUUUUUAGAACUUAAGUAAAUUUAGUUUUCGUUUUUCUCUCUCGCAAAGAAAUGUAUUUUAUGUCAGAUUAUUAAAAAAAAUUCAGUAAGCA